UGUGUUUGUACAGGUGAAGAUGAGGAUCAGAGGACGGCCUAUGAGAGAGUGUUGUAUGGUCUCCAUCAUGACCAGCGGUGGAUCAAGGAGGUGACCCUGGGUCGUCGUGUUGGUUUCUACCGCUUUAGAGGAGAGCUGGGCCAGGGUAACUUCUCCACUGUACGUCUGGCCUUCCACCAGCUGACCCGCGACAAGGUGGCUGUGAAGGUGAUAGACAAGUCUAAAUUAGACCAGAAGACACAAAGGAUGCUGGCCAGAGAGAUCUCUAACAUGGAUGUUGUGGCGCACCCUAACAUUAUCAGGUUGUUCGAGGUGGUGGAGACACUCUCCAGGAUUCACUUGGUGCUGGAGUUUGCUCCUGGAGGAGAACUCUUUAAUCGUGUCACAGCAGAAGGUAGACUACCUGAGAACGACUCAGCUAAGGUCUUCACUCAGGUGCUCUCAGCAGUCACUUACCUGCAUGGGUUGUCCAUCAUACAUCGUGACAUCAAGGCGGAGAACGUGUUCCUAGCAGGUCCUGGUCAGGUCAAGCUGGGAGACUUUGGCUUCUCCACCAGAGUCAGUAAUCUUCAACAACAACUGAGCACUUUCUGUGGCUCACCUCCCUAUGCUGCUCCUGAACUGUACAAGGACGAGUCUUACAUUGGACCAGCUGUUGACAUCUGGGCACUGGGAGUCUUACUCUACUUCAUCCUUACUGCUGACAUGCCCUUCAAGGCCAACACAGUAGCAGGUCUGAAGCGACACAUCCUGGCUGGAGCGUUUACCACUCCUGAUCACGUCUCACCUGCUGCUUCUGAUCUCAUCUCUCGUCUACUGGUACAAGAGCCAAGUGACAGACCUGGCACUAGUGCCAUCAGUGCCCACACCUGGCUGGCCACGGCACCCUCACAACCUUCACCGCUGCCACAUUAUGUUCUGGCACCCACCUUUUCACCUCAGGAAUCCUCGGAUGUGGAGGAAGAGGCUGUGUCAACACUGGAGAAGUGGGGCAUCUCCCGUGAUACCCUGGAAGAUGGAGCUACCCUGGGCGCCCGCUCGCCAUCCCUAGCUACUUACCGCAUCCUCCUGCAUCGCUUGAUGACCAGGCCAGCUACCCCAAACACGACCAACCACAACACUUCUACCGACACUCUGGUCUCAUCUCUCCCCACCUCCUCCUCACCUUCCACCCCCAGCAAGGAUAGAAGACGGCUACCCAGGCUGCCCAAAAAUGGGCAUGCCGUUAACGCCACCUACGGAGGCGUCAAGUCCCGUGCGUGUAUUAUAGUGUAGUAGAUUGUAUUGUUGUAUUCUUGAUGUGAUAAAUCUGUAUACAUCAUACUGCAGGUUGUAUGUGAAGGCCAGCAGGUUGAUGUAAUAAUAGGCUAGCAGGUUGAUGUAAGUGAAGGCUAGCAGGUUGAUGUAAGUGAAGGCUAGCAGGUUGAUGUAAGUGAAGGCCAGCAGGUUGAUGUAAUAAUAGGCUAGCAGGUUGAUGUAAGUGAAGGCUAGCAGGUUGAUGUAAGUGUAGGCUAGCUGGUUGAUGUAAGUGAAGGCUAGCAGGUUGAUGUAAGUGAAGGCUAGCAGGUUGAUGUAAGUGAAGGCUAGCAGGUUGAUGUAAGUGUAGGCUAGCUGGUUGAUGUAAGUGAAGGCUAGCAGGUUGAUGUAAGUGUAGGCUAGCUGGUUGAUGUAAGUGAAGGCUAGCAGGUUGAUGUAAGUGAAGGCUAGCAGGUUGAUGUAAGUGUAGGCUAGCUGGUUGAUGUAAGUGAAGGCUAGCAGGUUGAUGUAAGUGUAGGCUAGCUGGUUGAUGUAAGUGAAGGCUACAAACUGGCAUAGUGCCUGAUAAAUGGAAAAUGGAAAAUGUAAUACCUAUUUACGAGGCAGGUGACAGGUCCUUGGUUUCGAACUAUAGACCAAUAAGCCUUACCUCCAUAGUGGGAAAAUUUAUGGAAUCAAUAAUUGCCGAAGCAAUUCGUAGCCAUCUCGACAGGCACAGAUUGAUUAAUGAAUCUCAACACGGUUUUACAAAGGGGCGUUCCUGUCUUACGAAUUUACUAACUUUUUACACUAAGGUGUUUGAGGAGGUAGAUCAUGGUAAUGAAUAUGAUAUUGUGUAUAUGGACUUCAGUAAGGCUUUCGAUAGGGUUCCACACCAGAGGCUAUUGAGGAAACUUAAGGCACACGGAAUAGGAGGAGAAAUUUUUCCUGGGUAGACGCAUGGCUGACAAAUAGACAGCAGAGAGUUUGCAUAAAUGGGGAGAAAUCAGAAGGGGGGAAACGUCACAAGCGGUGUUCCU